CAGUUCACCACGUAUUCUUUCAUGUACGAUCCUCGAUCCGAUUUCUUUUUUCCUAUCAUCUCCUUUUGACAACGUGACGACUACUGGGCUGGUGCAAGAAACAAGAACAUCUCCCUGUUGCAUGAAACUUCUUGAUUGAAUCAAGAAUGCUUCAUGUCAGGGGUUAUGUUCUUGAACCCUUUGGGGUCUGUUCCUGGCUUGGAAAAGUAACUUGUUGCUGUUUUCUCUUUCUCACCAUGUACGGCUUACACAACACCCCUUUUCUUUUCUUUUUGCUUAUUUUGACUCGUUUGGCUCUUUUCUUGACUCUCAUUAUACCACUUUCCGUUCUUGACACUUUUGAUGUUCAAAUGUCUCUGAUUGAGCACCCACUCGCCCUGUCGGAUAUGCUCUUUGCGUGUCUGACCCAGCGCAUUGCCUCACAGGUUGUGGAUAAUAUUCCUCCUUGUCCUUUUUUUUUAUUUUUAUUUUCAACACCUUGUAUUCUUGAUUCAUUUCCCCAAAACGAGUACCCUCAUCUGCAAUUUGUUUUCUUCUUUCUCUCUGGUCUCCUACUGUCCUAUAUGGUAGAUAGGAUUGUGGUUUAGUAACUGUUCUCAUGGCGAAUUCCACCGACUGUUUCUUCUAUUUUUCUAACACAGCAAAUUGUCACUUAUUGACCCUUUGGAUUUCUUUUCCAACCGAAUUCUGGAUAAAAGUAGAACUUGUAUUUUGGAAGCAUGUUAAAUCACCUGCUGACCUCGAACUUAUUGGGAUAAACCCUGAAAAUCCUGCAUUGAAGCAAUGACUGAGGACUUGCAAGCUGUUUGUGCGCCAAUCGCCACCUUUUUGCAGCC